UUCAGUCUGCAGCGAGCCCCACCCAUCUUAGUGCGCAUGCGCUAUGCACACUGAAGAGUGAUAAAGUGGAUAAAGGGGCGACCACAUGUGUUAUUAUUGAUAAUGGCGGAUACUGGUGACUCUGGAAGAAAGAGAAGGAGAAGCAAUUCAUCCGCCUCUCCUAGGCAUGCUCUGCAGACCUCUGAUGUCACAUCACCCGUCCAAUCAGAUGCUGAUGAGCCACCCGCCUCCCGUCGCCGUGUGACCUCCCCUCGGGGUACCUCUAGUCCAGGACGCCCUCUAUUCUCAUCACCCCCCAUGCAGAAUGGUGGUCUCCCAACGUCUGAGAUUGACCUCAGCUCACCUUUGAACUUUGGAACGCCCUCCUCCCAAGUGGCGGGGACCCCAGGUGGGCGUGGUACUCCACGACGUCACCGUGCCGACCUACAGAACACUGGGCGCAGGAGACAGGUCAACCUGACAGCCACAGACCCACUGACUGGAGACCCCACCUCGACAGGGCUGACGAGUGAGGGAGCCCCUGAGGCACACCUCGUUAUAUGGGGCACUGACGUCAACGUGCAGGAAACUAAGAAAAGAUUUCGUGAUUUCCUGUUCAAGUUCGUGGACGACCUUCAGCCUGAGGAGGGGGAGGGGCCCAGUGGAGACAGGACCGAGCCUUAUUACCUCGCCAGGCUGGAGGAGAUCCAUGUGAUUGAAGAGCCGUUUCUGAACAUCAAUUGCAGUCACCUCCAGAGAUUCAAUCCUGACCUCUAUUCCCAGCUCGUACGCUACCCUCAAGAGGUGAUCCCGACCUUUGACCUUGCUGCCAACGAGCUCUUCGAGGAGCUUUAUCCGGACACUCAACUGGAGCACCAGAUACAAGUUCGUACAUUCAAUGCUGACAAGACCAAGAACAUGAGAAACUUGAACCCUGAGGACAUUGAUCAGCUGAUCACAGUGGGUGGGAUGGUCAUCCGUACCUCCUCGCUCAUUCCAGAGAUGAGGGAAGCUUUCUUCUCGUGCUAUGUGUGCCACGCCUCCAAGACGGUAGAGAUUGAUCGUGGGCGUAUUGCUGAGCCAGCAGUUUGCCCUCAAUGUCAGACCCUCCACAGCAUGGCUCUUAUUCACAAUCGCUCGCUCUUCACUGACAAACAGAUGGUCAAGUUACAGGAGUCACCUGACGACAUGCCCCCUGGACAGACCCCCCACACGGUGCUACUGUAUGCUCAUCAUGACCUCGUCGACUCUGUUCAGCCCGGAGACAGGCUCACGGUGACAGGUAUCUACCGUGCCACGCCCCUCCGAGCCAACCCCCGGCAACGGACAGUGAGGGCCGUGUACAAGACAUACAUCGAUGUCAUCCACUUCCGUAAGACAGACAGUAAACGCCUGAGGGGACGGGAGGAGGAGGAUGGAGACGACGAUGGUGUCCAACGACAAAGCUUCCCGGCAGAGAGGGUGGAGCAACUCAAGCAGCUCUCUCAGACUCCCGAUAUCUAUGAGAGACUUUCUAGGGCUCUAGCUCCCAGUAUCUACGAGAACGAUGACAUCAAGAAGGGCAUUCUUCUGCAGCUGUUUGGUGGCACGAGGAAGGACUUUGUCAACACUGGGCGUGGCAACUCGAGGGCUGAUAUCAACAUCCUGUUGUGUGGGGACCCGGGAACAAGCAAGUCACAGCUGCUGCAGUACGUCCAUAACUUGAUGCCCCGAGGGCAGUACACGUCUGGCAAGGGCUCCAGUGCUGUGGGACUCACUGCCUAUAUCACCAGGGACCCUGAUACAAGACAACUCGUACUACAAACAGGAGCGUUGGUACUGAGUGACAACGGUAUCUGCUGCAUCGACGAAUUUGAUAAAAUGACCGACAGUACUCGAUCCGUUCUCCACGAGGUAAUGGAGCAACAAACCAUCUCCAUCGCUAAGGCUGGCAUCAUCUGUUCCCUGAACGCUCGUACGUCCAUUCUGGCAGCUGCCAAUCCUCGGAUGUCACGCUGGGACGAGAAACUGACUGUGGUGGAGAACAUACAGCUGCCCCACACACUCAUGUCCAGGUUUGACCUCAUCUUCUUGAUGCUGGAUCCCCAGGACGAGCAGUUUGACCGUCGCCUAGCAACCCAUCUCGUGUCCCUAUAUCACCAGAGUCUGGAAGAGGAGGAGGGAACGUUCCUCGAUAUGACAGUGCUCAGAGAUUACAUAGCGUACGCUCGAAGCUAUCUUCACCCAGAUCUCUCAGAGGAGGCGGGGCAAGCACUCAUACAGGCUUAUGUGGAUAUGCGUAAGAUUGGGAGCUCCCGUGGUGCAGUGACAGCGUACCCACGGCAACUGGAAUCUCUCAUCCGAUUGGCCGAGGCCCACGCCAAGAUGAGGUUCUCCGUCACUGUGGAGAUAGUAGAUGUGGAGGAAGCAAAGAGGCUUCAUCGUGAGGCCCUCAAGCAAUCUGCCACUGACCCUAAGACGGGAAUCAUAGACGUUGGUAUCCUGACCACGGGGGUGAGCUCCUCAGAGAGAUUGAGGAGGCAGAUGGUUGCCAAGGAGCUCAAGACUUUACUACAGACGAAGGGCAAGGUCGGUACCAGUCUCAAGUACGAAGCCAUCUUAUCAGAGCUGAGAGAACAGAGUCAAGCAGGAGUGCUGCCUCAGCAGUUUGAUGCAGCCCUCAAGAUACUACAAGACGAGGACUUCGUGAUGGUGUCCGGUCAGAACAUUCGACUGUGCUGACCAGAAACUAAACUCUUUAAUUAGCUAUUAUGACCUAAAUUAAUUAAGACUCCCUGUUAUAAUAAUACAAUACAUGCAUGUAUCGAUUAUUAUGUUUUCAUUUACUGCAGAAGUGUCUUCUUGUUUUAAUUCCUGUUUAACGUAUUAUUAUUAUACAGUUAUUAGAAUGGAUUGCAUUUCUAAUCCCAUCAUUAUAA